UCCUGGACACUUCAUCACAGCGGUUGUUUCUUCGUGUGAGGUUGCAUCAAUGUUUAAUAUCAAGGUGUCCUCUUAAACUGUAAUGUGAGAAGGACCAACAGAGCAUGUGAAUUAUGCAUUGCCCAGCUUAUUGUGAGUCCUUUAUUGCAUGACCAAAGCUGUCUUUGCUGAACUAGUUUCUGAGAAGCACUGCAAAAAAACCUCUCAAUCUAUGGACGAACUUCAGAAGAAAUUGAGCCAGAUGCAUGAUGCAAGAUCCCGAAAAGUUAGAUUCAAAAUAUCCUCAGCAUACAGCGGUCGAGUUUUAAAGCAGGUCUAUGAAGAUGGGCAGGAACUUGAAAUCCCUCAAGUAGAAUAUCCUCACAGUUUUCGGCACUGGAACUUUGAAUCCAAAGACCAUUUCUUUGGGAUUGAUGAAGCUGCAGAAUCCAGAUUUUGCCCGCCAGCUAAACUGAAUGCACAGAGGAUAAGCGUGUUCAGAGAGGGGAACAAAUACACUCUCACAAGUAGUCCUUCCCUCCUAAAUGAGGAGCCACCGGUGGACAACUGCAUGCAACCUCCUAUUUUAGAUUUUGGUAAGAUUAUAAUCUACACGAGCAAUUUGAAAAUUAUCCGAACACCGAUGACUAAGAAAGAGCUAGUGAGGAAGAUCAUGCAGAAUGAAGGCAUUGAUGAUUACUCCUUCAUGUACAAUGAAGAAAGAAGAGAAACUAGUAGUGACCAAGGCAACAGGAAUGUAAAGGAUCCUGAAAAUGAGCUUGUGCUCAACCAACAAAUGCAGAUUUUUAAGCCAUGA